AGUUAGACGCUUUACAUGAAAACAUAAUAAUUUAGUGCAAAUGUGGUCCACAAUGUGCUUGCUCCUCUCUGUGGUGCUCAUGAGUGCCACUGUUUCGGAGGCACAGGUUCUUAUGAAUGGUGCCACGUGCCCUACACUGGUCAAAUUCAUGUCCUUUUUUGACACCAACGAUUUUACCGGGACGUGGUACGAAAUGAUCCGCACCAAGCGAUGGGUGGGCACCGAAAUCGGAUGUGUCACUCACAGUCUGCAGAUGAACUCUCAAUUUAACAUUUCCUACGUAACGCAGACCUACAGUCCCACGCUCAAGAAAGUAAUGACGGAAAUGGGUGACGCAGAGAUUGCUUUGGAGAAAUACGAUGGCAGUUCAAAAGGCAUUGUGGUCUUCGAUAUUGUUGAAUAUGGAACAAUGAGCGAGCUGGUGCUGCUCGACACGGACUACACAAGUUUUGCAGUGCUCUGGUCUUGCUCCCCGACAGACGAGGAUUUGCAUUUCGAGAACACCAUGAUUUGGACGAGGGAUAAAGUGCCGAAGGCUUCCGCUCUGACCAGGGGAUUACGCGCCCUAGACAGCAACAACCUCUCGCGCAAUUAUCUCUCCUACACCAGUCACCGCAACUGCCCUGAGUUCGCGCCUCUUGGACCUGAUCAGGGGUGGGGAAUUAUAGCAACAAAUAUGCCUGGAAAUGGAUCAAAUGAUAUGCCAGGAAAUGGAACAACUAAUAUGCCUCCUGGAAAUGAAACGGUCAAUAUGCCUGUAAAUGGAAUGGUCAAUAUGAGUGUCAAUGGAUCAACUAAUAUGCCUGGAAUUGUAACAACUAUUAUGCCUGUUGUAACCACACCACCUGUCGCUUCAUCUUCAGCCACCUUGAUGUCUCCGAGCAUUAGCUCAAGUUCAAACACAAAAAAUCUAGUUGCGAGUACACCAGCAGUACCAGUUACUUCAGCAACCAAAGCAUCCAAUCAAAUCUCAAAUUCCUCGAAAACCAAUUGAUUUAUGCUUGUAAAAUUGAAACACAAUAUUUAUUAUUUACGUACUGACGAAGUUUCAUGCCAUUGCAAAAAGUGGAAUAAAGGAACAGUUUCAUCUAGUUUCACC